AGCAAAGUCACGUGUGGGGAGUCAGUUGAGCUUGUUUGUUCAUUUCAUUUUGGUUUCUACUUCAUUCUUUCCACGGUCCCUCUUCGUAAUCAGAUCAAAUAUUUUAAUUUAAGCAUGAGUGACAACGAUGACAUCGAAGUCGACAGUGAUGAAGAACAACCGGGAUUUCAUUCCGUGGCAGACAAAAGGGCACACCAUAACGCACUGGAGCGCAAGCGUAGGGAUCACAUCAAAGACAGCUUUCACAGUUUAAGGGAUUCAGUCCCUGCAUUGCAGGGGGAAAAGGACAGCGAAGUCGGCACAGCCCCACUGAUCGAGUCAAAUAGACAGCAAUCUAUCAAACAGGCAUCCCGUGCUCAAAUCCUAGACAAAGCCACAGAGUACAUCCAGUAUAUGAGGAGGAAAAACCACACGCACCAGCAGGACAUAGACGACCUCAAGAGACAAAACGCCCUGCUGGAGCAACAAGUGCGUGCGCUGGAGAAGGCGAAGGGAAACGCCCAACUACAGGCUAACUACUCGUCAUCCGACAGCAGCUUGUACACCAAUCCCAAGGGCAGCGCGGUCUCUGCGUUUGAUGGAGGGUCCGAUUCGAGCUCUGAAUCCGAACCAGAGGAACCCCAAACCAGAAAGAAACCACGAGUGGAAGCCAAUCAGAACCACCCGGCACGGCAAUAAACUGGUGUGCUUUUAUUAGAAACUCCAUGUAUGAAUUCUGUUUAAAGUUUCUUUUACCCUUCAUGCUGUUUGUCAAGAAAGGAAGUCUUGAUGGCCGAGCUUUUUCGUUUGUCAGCACCACCUACAAAUUAUAAAUACACACACACAUACAAUGUGGCAGCUUUAUUACUGAAAGACUUUAUGACGAAUUCGGAUUCUUGAAGUAGUUUUAGUAGCUGUCACAUUCAGAGGAGAGCAGCUUAACUAUGGAGAGUGGUGCACAUCAAUAGGAAGAAAAAAACCCUUGUUUUUGAGAUCUAUUCAUCUGUUGAAGUAUUUGAGGUUAUGCGCAUCCCCCGCCCCCCUCUUAAGGAUUUGUCGGUUUACCUUUUUUAAUAUUUGUAUUUUUCCACUUCGUGACAAAAAAAUAAAAAUGAAUAAUUGUUAUAAGCACCCUGAGAUUUUAGGUGCUGAAAUUUAUUGAAGAACCCAACGAUAAACAUACGUUUUAACUUGCUUAGCUUGGCUCGAGUCAGUGAUUUUAAUUAAAUGGCUGUAUCACCUUUUAGGCUUUUCCAAAGCAUCAAUCAGAUUUUUAUGUUUGUUUUUUUUUACAAGUUCACCAAGAUCAGCUGUUUUUGUAUUCUGAAAAACAAAAAAAAAACAUGGGAAGAUAAAUACUAGGCUCCCCAAAUAUAAACGCAGCUGCAUAUUGAAUAUAAUGCUGUACAGGUGAAGGUAGUGCCCUUUUUUUUCUUUUUAAAAGGAAGACUUUGUCCAUGUCAGUGUGUUGUGCAUUACACUGUAUUAAUCUAGCCAAAUUAAAAAAAAAAAAAAAAGGAAAAAAAAGCUGCCUCUAGAAGCAUUGUGGCUCACUAGGGGUGUAUGUAUAUGUUUUGUGUGUUUUUUUUCUUCCUUUUUUCAUUAUUAGAACUUUAAUUAGUGUGUACUAAAUAGGUAUUUGUUCACGUUUGAUUCCAUUCCGUGGAAAUUACAGGUAUGUUGUACAUACUGCCCACAAUUGUCUUGCAAGUUGAGGCUUACCUUUACUAUGAGACUAUAAAUAAAACUAUUUUAUCCUUUAAA